AUGGCUCUUAACUAUGGCCCUGAAAACCUUAACUCUGUGGUUCUUUCUACUAUGCAUGAUGAUGCCAGCAUUGACACAACCACAAAUAAAGCUGAAAUAAUCAUGGAUUAUAAUGCCACAAAAGGAGGAGUGGACACCAUCAAUAAAUUGUGUGCAACCUAUUCAGUUUCGAGAAUCACAAGGAGAUGGCCUUGUGCUAUCUUUUUCAGCCUUCUGAAUAUUACUGGGAUAAAUGCCCAGGUUUUGCACAUGCCUGGAAAGCCAGCUAACACAGCUCCAUGCCGAAGGAUGUUCCUAAAGAAUUUAUCUAUUAGUCUUAUGAAAGAGCAUCUUCGUUCGCACGCCAAAAUCCAAACAUUACCUUCCAACAUUUCUAUGUCAAUUAUGCUGCUUCUAAUGAUGAAGUGCCAAAGCAAUCCUCAUCGAAACAAAGAACAUGUGGUUUGUGUGUCAGAGAAAAAAAGAGAUCAUCAGCAUUUAUGA